AUGGUAAAGGAUCAACUAAUCACAAUCAACGAUGCGGGUCACAAGUUCCAGCUCGCCAUGCUCGAUGGCAUCACUGACCAGAAGCAUCUCUUCGCGGCGGGAACCUUGAUAUCUCGAUCAGACUACGAGGACGUCGUCACGGAACGAACAAUCGCUAAGCUCUGCGGCUACCCUCUCUGCCGAUCAUCCCCCCUUUCCAACGUUUCUAGAAAGGGGAAGUAUCAGAUAUCGAUCAGCGAGCACAUAGUUUACGAUUUAAAGGGGAUUCCAAGGCUACUGACGAAUGUAAUGUUUUAAAGCGUCCACCACAGAGAAAGCAAACUUCUCCUAUUGGGGAAUCUGAGAGAGGUGAAGGGGGAAAAGUUUCGAAAGAACAAACUACAGUUUCUCCUGCACUGAAA